GUUUCCUUCCAUCUUUAUAAAUUGGGACUUCGGACCUUUUCCUACGUCUCGCAUUGGGUUCUUGUGUGGGUUUUGUAGGGCUACAGAGAGAGGAAGGUGAGGGAUCUUUGUGUGUUGAUUCGCGAUGCACGAUGCAGCGUUCGCAGUUGCAGUAUCAAUUCGGUUCUGCUUCGCCAUGGGGUAUGUUGAUGUUGAGAUACUGUGAUGCACGGUGCACCCCGGGUUUCUCUGAAGAGACCUGUGACGAUCGAAGCCCCAAUGCUUGUGCGGGAUUAAGCUUCCGUUCCGUGUUGCAGGGUACGGCUGUUAAUUACCUUCCGGUAUUCUGCAACAUGGAGAUCGAUCUGUCAAUAUCCUUCGAUGAAUUAGGCAACAACUAUUCUGUGCUCGUCCUGUGCCAGUGUUAUGUUGGUAAAGGGACAUGUACAAGUUUUGGUGGUUCAGAUUCCCUCGUGAACUUUAUCCUGUUGGAUCAGAUUUCUACCUCUAUACUUGUUACUAAAUCGAAGCGGAUAGGUGAUAGCGACAUCCCAACAGCAUGCCAUCGUCUUCUUCCUCACGAUUAAUUUAACGUUGCUUUCUUUAAGAGUUUCGAGUGCACAGAUGCUUCUUCUAUUAGGUGAAUAAUCUAAUAUUGCUAAUUUAAUAAAGUGCAUUAAAUAUUGGUAGUAUCAUAUUGACUACAAGUUGUAUGAUGAGAUCUCUGUCAUCAGCCGAGGGGCUGUUUUGGGCAAUACCCUUUUGAGAAGCUUCAUAGUUCUGUAUUAGACCUGCAAGUACUUGGGAAUCGUCUAAAUAGGAAUGUUGUGAGGGACCUGAUCAAAAUUCCCAGGUCUAUGGGCGAUCUCUCUGUAAAAACCGUAAUGGAUAUCCUAUUUAUCUCUUAUUUUAUUGGACGUUCUUUGA